CUCCUCCUCCAACAGCAACUGCCACUUCUUCCUCGCUGGGCUCACUCUUACCUGGGCAGUAGCCGUGGCAGCAGCAGCAGUAGCAGCUGCUAGACUGCGCUAAACCAGGCUCUCACCCUCAGCUACCUGGCUGCUACAGCCCUCUCUAAUUAUCUCCACCUGCUUGCCCUCUCCAGCAUAUCCUUUCUGCCUCCCGAGUCCUCUCUGUUCCUGGAUCCUGCCCCCAUGGCCGCAGAGGGGCCGGAACGCUCCCGGCUUACUGCCGGCUGCGGGCUACUCCUGUUGACCCUCCAGGCCUUGAGUUUUUCUUGUGAGGCCUGCAAAAGAGUGAUACUUACUGUUCCUUCUAAACUAGAAGCUGAGACUUUUGUUGGUAGAGUUAAUCUAGAUGAGUGCCUUCCAUCUGCAAACAUAAUCCAUUCAAAUGAUCCUCACUUCAAAAUUUUCAAAGAUGGCUCAGUGUAUACAACCAAUACUAUUGUGUUAUCUCCAGAGAAGAGAAAUUUUACUAUUCUACUUUCCAACACACAGAAAAGAGAACUGAAGAAUAUAGUUGUCUUACUAGAAUAUCAAAAGAAGGUACUGAAGAAAAGACAUUUGAAAGAAACUGUCCUUAAGCGUGCCAAGAGGAGAUGGGCACCAAUCCCUUGUUCAUUACCGGAGAACUCUUUAGGUCCUUUUCCCAUGUACCUUCAACAGGUCCAGUCUGACUCAGCACAGAAUUAUACAGUCUAUUAUUCAAUAAGAGGGCCUGGAGUUGAUCAAGAACCUUUAAAUUUGUUUUACAUUGAGCGAGAUUCAGGAAAACUAUUUGUUACUCGCCCUGUAGAUCGUGAGAAAUGUUCAUCUUAUGGGUUAAUUGCCUAUGCAUCAACUCCAGAUGGUUAUUCUGUAGACCUUCCAUUACCCCUUGAAAUCAAAAUUGAGGAUGAAAAUGACAACUACCCAAUUUUCACUGAAAAUCCUUAUCAAUUUGAAGUUCUUGAAAACUGUGGAGCUGGUACAACAGUGGGUCAGGUCUGUGCUACAGAUGCUGAUGAACCUGACACAAUGCAUACCCGUCUGAAGUAUACCAUUAUAGAGCAGCAACCACCAUCACCUACAUUAUUUUCUAUACACCCAGUCACAGGUGUGAUCACCACAACAUCAUCUCGGUGUGACAGAGAGGUUGUGGACAAAUACAAAUUGACACUAAAAGUACAAGAUAUGGAUGGUCAAUAUUUUGGCAAGUCUACUAAGUCAACGUGCAUCAUUUCAAUUGGAGAUGUGAAUGACAACUUGCCAAUUUUUACAAGAACCUCUUAUGUUACAGAAGUAGAGGAAAACAAAAGCAAUGUGGAAAUACUUCGAUUAGCUGUAGAAGAUAAAGAUUUGAUUAACACUCCAAAUUGGAGAGCUAAUUAUACUAUUUUAAGGGGUAAUGAAAAUGGGAAUUUCCACAUUGUGACAGACCCCAAAACUAAUGAAGGAAUUCUUUGUGUUGUUAAGGGACUAAAUUAUGAGGAAACACGCCAGGUAGUCCUGCAAAUUGGUGUAACAAAUCAGGCUUCAUUUUUUGGAUCUGGUGGUUCAAAGACAACAGGCAUGAGCACAACUACAGUUACUGUUAAUGUUAAAGACCAAGAUGAAGGGCCUGAAUGUAGUCCUCAAAUGCAGACUGUUCAUGUGAAAGAAAAUGCAGUACUGGAGACACAGAUCAAUGGUUAUAAAGCCUAUGAUCCAGAAACUAGAAGCAAUAAUGGCAUCAGGUAUCGAGCAUUAAGUGAUGCAAAAGGAUUGUUCACAAUUGAUGAAACAUCAGGUUCGAUCAGAGUUCUUAGAAGUUUAGAUAGAGAGUCAAAUACCUUCAGACAUGGCUCAUAUAAUAUUACAGUACAAGCAGCAGACAGAGAUGGCAGAACAUGUACUGGUAUCUUGAGGAUUAUUGUUGAUGAUGUAAAUGAUAAUGGUCCAGUCAUACCCCAAAAAUCAGUAAUAAUCUGCAAAACGCAAAUGGGCUCAGCAGAAAUUGUUGCUGUAGAUCCUGAUGAGCCUAUCAAUGGCCCACCCUUUCAAUUCACCUUGCCAAGCAGUUCUUCACGGGUUAAUGAUGGAAUAUGGAGACUGAGCAAAAUUAAUGAUACUGCUACACGCAUAACCUUCCGCAAUGAUCCAGGAUUUGGGGUAUAUGAUAUACCUAUUGAAGUUAAAGACAGACUUGGCCUGUCUAAAACCAAUGUAUUGAGUAUUAAUUUAUGUGAUUGUGUUGUUCCAAGUGAAUGUACAACUCGUGCAGUUCCAUUGCUAGGUACAAAUGAUGUAAGACUUGGAAAAUGGGCCAUCCUUGCCAUGAUACUGGGUGCAGCAUUACUGUCUUGUAUUUUAUUUACAUUAGUUUGUGGAGCUGCUGGUUCUUCCCCUGCAAAAAAACCUUUCCCUGAUGAUUUGGCUCAGCAGAAUCUUAUUGUUUCAAACACUGAAGCCCCUGGAGAUGACAGAGUGUAUUGUACAAAUGGAUUGACCACACAGAAUGUGAACACUGGUUGCACACUAGUAUCAGGAGUAAAAAAUGGUCAAGAAAGCUUUGAAAUGAUGAAAGGAGGUCAUCAGACUUUGGAAUCCUGUCGAGGAGGAGGACACCAUACCCUGGAUUCAUGUAGAGGAGGACAUCACACCCUGGAUUCUUGUAGGGGUGGGCAAGUUGAGAUGGACAACUGUAGAUACACUUAUUCUGAAUGGCAGAAUUUUACUCAACCCCGUCUUGGUGAAAAGGUACAACUGUGCAAUCAGAAUGAAGAUCAGACCCAUGCUCAAGACUAUGUCCUUACAUAUAACUAUGAAGGAAGAGGCUCUGCGGCUGGUUCUGUAGGGUGUUGCAGUGAGCGCCAUGAAGAAGAAGGGCUUGAAUUUUUAGACCACUUGGAACCCAAAUUUAGGACUCUAGCAGAAACAUGUAUGAAGAGAUAGAUAACUGUCUCUCUAAUAAUUCAAUACUGGGACUUGGAGUGGCGUUGUGGUUUUGUGUUUUUGUUAUUUGGAGAAUUCAAAGCUGGGAUAUUUUAAAACUUGAAUGCAACAUAUUAUAGGUUUUUAUUCUUUAUUUGAAAAAAGCUGUUUUGCCAAAAUGCAGGUCCACAUCUUAUAUUAAGCAUGAAAAUUUACCUAUGCUCACACUUAAAACAAAAAAUUACCUGUCUUCCUUUGAGGAGAUGGAGAGAUAAUAAAAUGAAUGAACUUGACAUUUUUUUACUAGUAAAUAGUAAAAGGCACUUGGUUAUUUGUAGGAUUGCCUUAGAGGUAUUAUAAAUAUGAUUAUAUUUUGUUAGUUCAUGGAUAAACAUUCUGGAUUAGUAAGUCUAUAGUAAGUGACAUUUAAAAAAAAAGCACUAGAGUUUUACUAUUAUCAAGCACUUAAACUUAAAAAGUUUAGUAAAGCUCUUUUUAGAGGCUCUACUUUUAACCAUUAUUUUAGUCUUAGUUUAUCAGACAUAUUCAGUAUUGGUAAUUGUGAGGAUGCUUAAAAACAGUUUUUUCCCCCAUUAUUUUAAAUAGUCUUCUGUAGUCUUAAUAACAGUUUGUUUAGUAAACUCAUUGUGAGCAGUGCAAGACUUCAUUUAAAUUAUCACUCUAUUAAUGGAGUCCAAAUUUCUGAUGAUUUACUGUAUUAAAAAAAAAAUCGGCACUGGAUCUACAUUUCAUCCUUUGACUGCCAUGGAAAUGUAGAUUUCAAAUAUAUUUUCAAAAGCAUUUGCAUAUCUUUGAAAGUUUGUUUUUGCAGUGUUUUUCUUUGAUAUAAUCUUCAUAUCAUAAAUGUUAUAUUCUUUAUUUAAAAUAUUUAGCCUAAAAUAGCUAUAAUAUGGGCUAGAGGAACUCAAAACUUCUAAAAAUCUUCCCCCAACACUGAUCCCCUUUGCUCUAUGGACUGCUUUUGUUUUAUGUAAAGAUAUGUCUUCUUGAUUUUAUGGAAAUAUGUGUUAUUAAAAUUGUAUCAAAUGUGUUUGGUGACUGUUUUACUAUGCAUUUUAGUCUUUAGUUUUGCCAUUAAAACUAUAGAAAUAAAAUGUACUCCAUGCUUUCAGUAGAACCAAUUUAAUUUUUUUUUAAAUGGGGAGAAAAAAAAAUAUGUGUGGAUAUAUAGAGUUUAAAAUUCAAUUCAGCAAUUUAUUAAAUACUUACCUUGUGGAAAACAUUGAACUAAAUAAUGAAGAUGAAAAAUGAAUGAAAUUCACUAUGAGUAAUUACAUGUAUUCAGAUUCUUAGAAUGUGACAGCAACAGAAGAAAGACAAAAAAUAAAGUCUUCUAAGAAAA